AUGGCUGCAGCUGGUAGCGGCAGUUUCCAGGACGGACGUAUUGCCUCGAAGCGUCUCAUGAUGCUCGUGGCCCUACUUCUCGUCUCCUGCUGUCUCGGCCAUGGCUUCGGCGAUGAGGAUCAUGUCGAGGUGGAGGGAGUCGGCAGCAGUUGCAUGGAAAGCGAGAGGAGAGCUCUCCUCGCCAUCAAAUCCGAUAUGUACGACCCCGGCGACAGGUUUUCUUCUUGGACCGGCAAAGACUGCUGUGGGUGGAGAGGUGUGGCCUGCGACAACACCACCGGCCAUGUCACCAAGCUCGACCUCAGCUACCACGACACAUACACGUACACAUACACAGACACAGACACAGACACAUACACAUACACAUGCGAUAUGUGGGAUGUGUUUUACGAUGUGGAAACAAUAGGCGCCAGCAAGGUAAAUUCAUCUUUGCAAGAACUGAAGUACUUGAAGUAUUUGGAUUUGAGCAUGAAUAACUUCUCCCACGCCCCUGUGCCCACAAUGAUCGCUUCACUGGUCCACUUGGAAUAUCUCAACCUAUCUAAUGCCAUGUUCGAUGGACUGAUUCCUCCUCAGCUGGGGAACCUCUCAAACCUACACUAUCUCGACCUUCAGGGAUGGUAUUAUGAUGAUUUUCUACCUGUUGAUGAUCUUGAUUGGCUCUCCCGUAUUCCUUCUCUAAAAUAUCUUGACAUGAGCAAUCUCGACCUCAGCAAGGCGACCUAUUGGUUUUACCCAUUGCUACGUUGGAUCUGUCUCGGAAUUCCAACAUCACGUCUGCCAUGCUUAGAUGGCUUUCUAACGCCACCGGCCUCGAGUACCUCCUUCUUUCUGGCUGUGGGAUUCUCACUAUUGAGUCGGUACAAGUUGCUCGAAUUGGAUUUAUCAUUCAACUCCCUUGAAGGAGAAAUUCUUGAAAUUCUGAACAAUGUCAGUAGCAGGGGCCUGAAGCACUUGGAUUUGAGACGGAAUCAAUUAUCUGGAGAUAUUCCUCCAGGGAGCCCUAGAGACCUGGAGUACCUAGACUUAUCAGGGAAUUCUAUUGUCAACUUACAUAUCUUAGCUUCUCUGGGCAAUCUCACAAACUUACGACAUUUAGAUUUGAAAUGCAAUGCAAUCAGCGGAGAAAUUCCACCAAUCGUGGGAGAUGCUGUCCGAUUGGAGUACCUAGAUUUGUCCUUUAAUGGCAUCAUUGGAAAAAUACCACAGGCCAUCGGCAACCUCAGUAACCUAUUGGAAUUACAUUUAUCAGGCAACAAAAUUGUGGGAUGGAUACCACCGAGCAUCGGCAACCUCAGUAACCUAUUGGAAUUACAUUUAUCAGGCAACAAAAUUGUGGGAUGGAUACCACCGAGCAUCGGCAACCUCACCAACUUGGUACACUUAGAUUUAUCAAGGAAUAAUAUUGUCGGUUGGAUACCACCGAGCAUCGGCAACCUCACCAACUUGGUACACUUAGAUUUAUCAAGGAAUAAUAUUAGCGGAUACAUUCCAGAGACUUUGGGUACUCUCAUCCAUAUGGAGGAAUUAUUUUUAAGCAAUAACAACUUAUCAGGUCAGAUACCAAUGACAAUCAGCAAACUCCACUACUUGCAAAACUUGGACAUGUCAUAUAACAACUUAUCAGGUCAGAUACCAACGACAUUGGGUGAUUUAUGCAAUUUGACCAUGUUAGAUUUGUCUCGCAAUAACAUUGGUGGAGAGCUUAUAAAUUCAUUCAACGGUUUGUCUACUUGUUCACGAGGUGCAUCUUUAUCCUCUUUAGUCCUAAAGGGUAACAAUUUGAGCGGGAUUAUUCCUUCAAGUAUGGGCCAAUUAUCUCAGCUAUAUGAGGUAGACCUCUCCUCAAACUCGCUGACAGAUUGCCCUGUUUAUCAAACUCCACCCGAUGCCAGAGUUAAAGAUGAUGAGAAGCUCGACAAAUUAUUGGAGUACACCAGUAUUGUGGUUGGAUUUGUGGUUGGCUUUUGGCUGUUUAUCGGCACGCUCAUCAUGAAGCAGGCCAUCAGAUUCGCUUUCUUCCGAUGGAUCGACACGGCCAACGACUGGAUCUAUGCUCAGUUUGCAGUUAAGCUUGCGAAGCUCAAAUCCAAAUGGCAAACAACGACAUGA